AUGGCUCACAUGCAUCAACAAGGCAUGGAAAUGCCCGAUAUGUCCAACGCCAUUAUGGCUCAAGAUGAAAUGGGUAGACCUUUCAUCAUUGUCAAAGACCAAGGAAAUAAGCAAAGACAACAUGGAUUGGAGGCCAAAAAGUCACACAUCCUAGCAGCCAGGUCAGUAGCAUCGAUUAUAAAAACUUCUCUAGGUCCAAGAGGCCUCGACAAGAUUUUAAUCUCGCCUGAUGGCGAGAUCACCAUUACCAACGAUGGUGCUACUAUUUUAUCUCAAAUGGAGUUAGAUAACGAGAUUGCAAAACUUUUGGUUCAGCUCUCAAAGUCCCAAGAUGAGGAGAUUGGCGAUGGUACGACUGGUGUUGUGGUGCUAGCCAGUGCUUUACUUGAUCAAGCAUUAGAGCUUAUCGAAAAGGGAAUUCAUCCAAUUAAGAUAGCCAACGGAUUCGAUGAAGCAGCCAAAAUGGCUGUGGCUCACUUGGAGUCUGUAGCCGAUGAUGUGGCCCUUGACGAAGCGUCUUUCUACGAUUAUUUGUUCAAAGCUGCCAAGACGUCUUUGGGGUCCAAAAUCGUUUCGAAGGAUCAUGAUAAAUUCGCACAAAUGGCCGUCGACGCCGUAACGAGCGUAAUGGAUCUAGAUAGAAAGGACGUUGACUUUGACCUUAUUAAAUUGGAGGGUCGUGUUGGUGGUUCUUUGCAAGACUCAAAGCUGAUUAAAGGUGUUGUCCUCGAUAAAGAUUUUUCACAUCCACAGAUGCCUAAGACCGUGAUUCCCAAGGAGGGCCAAGAUGGCGUUAAACUCGCAAUCCUCACAUGCCCUUUCGAGCCACCAAAACCUAAGACCAAACACAAAUUGGAUAUUUCGUCAGUGGAGGAAUAUCAAAAACUUCAGUCUUACGAGCAAGACAAAUUUACGGAGAUGAUCGAUUAUGUUAAAAAUGCGGGUGCAGAUGUAGCAAUUUGCCAGUGGGGUUUUGAUGACGAAGCCAACCACUUGUUGUUGCAGAAUAAUCUACCGGCCAUAAGAUGGGUCGGGGGCCAAGAAUUGGAACUUAUUGCCAUCGCCACAAAAGGACGUAUUGUUCCUCGUUUCCAAGAUUUGUCACCUGAGAAACUAGGGACGUGCGGCAAGAUACGUGAAAUUGAAUUUGGCACAACCAAAGAUCGCAUGUUGGUCAUUGAGGAAUGUUCAAACUCUAAAACAGCUACGUGUUUCAUCCGUGGGUCUAAUAGAAUGAUCGUGGAAGAAGCGAAGAGAGCUUUGCAUGACUCUUUAUGUGUCGUUAGAAAUUUGGUCAAGGAUUCCAGAGUUGUUUACGGCGGUGGUGCCGCCGAGGUGACUAUGUCUGUAGCGAUUUCUGAAGAGGCCGAUAAGCAACACGGCAUUGACCAAUAUGCGUUCCGUGCCUUUUCCCAAGCACUUGACACAAUACCUAUGCUUUUAGCUGAGAAUUCCGGUCUUGACCCAAUUGAGACUCUAUCCCUGCUGAAGAGCACUCAAAUAAAAGAAAAAACGUCUACUACUGGUGUCGAUUGCCUGUCCAAUGAUUCCAAUAACAUGAAAGAGUUAUUCGUUGUCGAUCCUUUUAUUGGCAAGAAGCAGCAAAUCCUUCUGGCCACUCAACUUUGUCGGAUGAUUCUCAAGAUUGACAAUGUCAUUAUCAGCGGAAAAGAUGAGUACUAA